AUGUCAGUUAUUAACUUCAAAAUUAAAACCUGCUUUGAUUUUCUAGGGUAUGCUAAAGAUGGUGGUCUUUAUAUGCCUGAAGUCAUCCCAAGACUGAAUGAAACAGAGGUAAAAGAAUGGUCAACACACUCUUAUCCAGAUCUUGUGUAUCUUAUUUCACGCAAGUUCAUUUCGGAAGAAGAAAUUCCUUCGCAUGCUUUGAAAGAUAUCAUAAAUGGAAGCUUAAAGAGAUUCCGUACACCAAAGAUCAUCGAGAUAGAAAGGUUAGAAGGAGGCCUAAAUAUUGUGGAACUCUUUCACGGGACAACCUUAGCAUUCAAGGACUUGGCUCUCUCUAUCGUGGGAGGAUUACUUGACUUCUUCUUGAAGGAAAACAGUGAACAUGUCACUGUUCUGAUAGGAACUUCAGGUGACACAGGCAGUGCAGCCAUAGAGAGUGUGCGAGGAAGAGAGUCCAUUGAUAUUGUGGUCCUCCUCCCUCAUGGUCGCUGUACUCACAUUCAAGAACUACAGAUGACAACUGUGAUAGAAGAUAAUGUACAUGUUUACUGUGUUGAUGGCACAUCUGAUGAAUUGGAUGAGCCAAUCAAACGUUGUUUUGCUGAUGAGGAACUUGUUGCUAAGCACCGAUUGAUAUCCAUUAACUCCAUCAACUGGGGUCGCAUCAUGGCUCAGGUUGCUCACUACUUCUACACAUAUUAUCAUCUCUGCUCCUCUGUAGGCCAGCCUGUGAAGAUUGUAGUGCCCACAGGUGCAGCUGGCAAUAUAACAGCUGGAUGUCUUGCCCAGAAAAUGGGUCUUCCUAUUACUUUGGUGGCUGGAGUCAAUACCAAUGACAUUGUUGCCAGAACACUGAGUAGUGGAGACUUUUCCAUCAGAGAGAAUGUCUUCCAGACUCUGGCACCAGCAAUGGACAUACAGGUCCCCUACAAUGUAGAGAGGUUGAUUUACUUGCACACAAAUGGAGAUACAAAAAGAGUUAAGGAAGUAAUGGAUUCUUAUGAAGAGGUUGGGAAGGCUGCUGUACCUGAAGACAUCUUGAGGAGCUUGAAGAACAUUGUGGUUGAUACACUUGUAGUAGAUGACUCCCAGAUAACAGAAGUAAUGAAGAAGGUUUACAAAGAACAUAACUACAUCCUGUGUCCACACACAGCAACUGCAGCAGCCUACCAUUACAUUAGCAAGGAAGAGAACCCACGUGGCUAUAUUGCAACAGCUUCACCAGCCAAGUUCCCAGAGGCAGUAGAGAAGGCAGGGGCACAGCCUGUCACAGAGGGUAUCAGCCACCUGGAAGGCCUCCCAACAAAAUUUAUGUGGAUGAAGAAGGGAGAGGAUUGGUACUCCAUUCUUCGCAAUAGGAUAGAAGCAAUCUCUUCCAAGAGGGAGUAAAGAAGGAAAGGAAGUUGCAUAUUCAUGAUAAUUCUUUUUCUUGUUGGUAAUUCAGGGAAUGUGCAUUAAUGUACUUGAAAAGGAUAAAAGUGUGUUUUUUUAAUAAAUUGGGUCCAUUUUUCCAAAUGCACCCAAAAUAGUUAUAAUGAUAAUACUGAUAGUAAUAAUAGAAUGAUGAUGAUGCUAAUAAUAAUGAUGAUGAUAACAAUAAUGAUGAUAAUAAUAAUAAUAAUAAUAAUAAUAAUGAUAAUAAUAAUAAUAAUAAUAAUAAUAAUAAUAAUAAUAAUAAUAAUAAUAAUAAUAAUAAUGACAAUAAGGUAAAAAAAAGAAGUCCAAUGAGAAAUAAUAUUGCCAAAAGGAUUUUUAUAAUUCAUAUCAAAUGUGUUGAAAUGCAUUCAUAAGUUACAAUAUAUGAGGCAAAUGAUAACAUGUUAUAUAAUAUGUUAUGUUGAGUAGUAGCAAAAUGGAUUUUUUUUAUUCAGCAGUAGUUCCAAAGGACUGGAGAAAAUUCCAAAUAGUACAUAAUACUAUUUGGAAUAUCUAAGAGCAGAUCUUUCACUGGACAUUCUUUACAAUAGAAGGAAGCCUGCCAUUUUUGUACCACCCAUACUCAAAUGGUCAUUCUGUGAUUGAUAUGUUAAUACUAAAGAGACAAAGCAGUCUCAACAGUAUUACUUGUUCUUUUAUUACCACAGUAAAUGCUUGUUGUUAGUAUUGUGCACAAAUCAUGGUAUGGUAUGUUAAGUUUCAACUUUUAAGGAAUAGCCUUAUACUAGUCCUGUUACUUUCAGUCAGAAAACCUGUUGACUCAGUGUUUUCUAAUUCUGAAUAUUGUGAUAUUUUCUUUAGCAGCUUGCUACAAAAUGCCAAAGAGGCUGAUACACUUUUUGUUAAACUUCUUGAAAGUAUAUGCAUUGCUGUAAAGUUACCACACACUUGUUGAGUGAUUUUUUUUCUUUAUUGACACUAUCCCUUGUUUCUGAAUUGUUGGUAAGUGACUUUAUAUUUCAUAUUUCUAUUUCUGCAAACUUUUUUUUUUUUUUUUGCAGAGCACACCUUAGUUUCCUAUUUGUUUAGUCAACCACAAGAUACAUAGUAUAUUGCCUUAAAAUGGACUUCUAAACUUGCCCAAAGAUCAAUUAUGACUUUCUUAUUAUUUGUAUUUGUCAAAGUACCCAGUACACAAAGCUGAUCUUCUACAGUCAGACUCUCCACACUCCUCCCUCCAUGCAACAUUGUCUUUAAAUUGAGGGUUAGAAGAAAUCAACUCAUGACAGUUUUUUUUCUUUGUCAAUGCACUUUGUCAAUUAUAAUUCUAACCAAGAUUUUGUAAUAACAGAUUUGUGAAUAUCAGUAUUGCAGAAACCCUCUUUUGCAUAUUCUGAUGUUUGCAACAGAUUCCUCUUUCCAGCUGCAUGCCAUAAAUUUUAUUGUAGAAUAACUAAGUAUCAUGAAAGUGAUAUUCCCAAUUUCAUGGGAAUAGUUACAAAGUUUCUAAAUCAGUGCAGAUCAUCUUGGUGUACAGUACAGUAAUAGAAUAAUAGUUUUUAAAGAGUAAUUGUUAGAACCAUAUAUGCUAAAAUAUGUUAUCAGAUAUUUUUUUAUGAACACACUGAUUUUCCCAGGAUGAGCAUGUUUUACUGAAAUAAAUUACAUAAUACAAAA